AUGACGCAUCGGGGAGGUUUAUUUGUUUGGAGGGGUGGGUGAUCGCGUUGUCUUACCGUAAUCAAAACAGAUCAGUACGUAACAACGCCAUCGAAUGUUAAAACAACGCGUCACGAAGUGAGUAUUCUGAGAUGGCAGAAGUUGAAUGGUGGUGACGAGGGGAUGCUGAUCGCGGGAGUGUUUUGGGGAGGGAGAGAUAACGGUAAGCUGGUGAGGCUUACGGUAGUUUGGCAGGGAGAUCAGCGUAAAAUCUUUCGCCAAGCUGCCGAAAAAUUCCCAGUCAAUUUGGCUGCGGAGUUUCCCGUCAAACUUGCUGCGGAGUGGUCAAUACGUGGACGUGUUCUCGGUGGGUCAGGAGUGCGUGAACGCGUUGAGCUCGGUGCGCGCGCAUCCGCUGAACGUGACCGAUUUGGACUG